GUUCUAUUGAGAUAUAUACACCUCACUCCCCCGCCCGCCAUAUUGUCGUCAGACUACGUGGCUGUACCGCUGCUGUCGGCUACACUGGAAGGUUCGCGGUUCGGGACAUACACACGUCGCCAUGGCAGCAGGAGGAACACCGCUUAUCAAGGGUAUCAACUCCGGGGAAUCUCUUCUCAAGUUCAUCGACAGAGCUGUCCGGCCUGAUGCUGGGUACAUAGCAAAAUGUCAGGAACUUGUUGGGAAGUUCGUCAAAUUUCUGGACACCAAAAACGGACCCCUGAAUGUUAAUAAAAUAGUAACGGCCGGGCCGCUCGUGUCGGGCACCGCAGUCAGGGGAAGGGCCGACAUCGACGUCAUCAUCUUCCUCAACGGCUACAGCGGCGUCAGGGAUCUCAGUAGAGACAUCAGCAACGUGCUACGACAUCUGAAGACCUUUAUUGAAACAGACGUCACUUGGGCCAAGAGCCUUGUGUUUAAGGCGAUGACACCACAAUCUGUACAGUUUCUUCUCAACGUGGGCGACUGCGACUUCGAGCAUACAGUCGACCUACUCCCGGCAGUGGAUAUCUCGAAAACAAUGUCGCAGAGCGCCAUCUACGAGGAGAUGAAGGAUCAGGCAGACAUUCGGAGGUUCUACAGCGUCAGUCUCGCCGCCUUCAAUUUCCGCUUCCUCCAACAGGUGCCCGCCAAAGUCAAAGAUCUCAUCAGACUCGUCAAAUACUGGCAAAGGGUGGAGGACGUGCCUAUUGGGAGCUGUUUCAUCGAGACACUGGUGGUUGCAGUCUGGCGGGAAGACCACAAGCCUCAAAACUUUGAUAUGAACAAGUACCUACGACAGGUGAUGCAGCGUUUGUCACAGAUCAAGACUCUCGCCGUCGUCAUCGAAGACAACUACAACCACCGUUUGUACAGAAACGACCUGAAGGCCCCAUACCUGCUCGACCCGUGUAACCCCUACAAGAACACGGCGCCCUCUAUCGGCGACAUUCACAUUGUGAAGAAGAAGGCGGACGCCCUCCUCGGAAGCCUUGCAUGAGACAGAAGCUGAUACAACCAGACCAGCAGAUUAAACGCCGGGUCGAUUCAAGGACAGUUUAUGGACCAGUGUUAUCCAUAUAUUGAUUGACUGAUUCGGUAGCUGAGUGAAAAUAUCGGAAUUUCUCAUAUAAGCUCCGUAUAUAACUAGCUGAACUUCUGCAACACAUCACUCGGUCGAAAUCAAUGGGUCCAUUUAACAAUAUCGAGUUAUCGGGCUUUCAAGCCAAGCCUGUGCUCAUUUUGUUUUUUACAUGUUGAACGGAUUAAACAAACAGCAUAACAUAAUACUAAUAUGUCGUGCUGACUUAACAGUGUUCCGUAUAAAUAUUGAUACCAUGUGAGAUAUGUAAGGACGGACUCCAAUUUGGCUGUAUAUUAUACCGAUCACAUCAAUACAAAAGGGUCUGCAAUCCGCUAUGACAAGUCAACAACUGUCAUACGGCUGGUUGUGUGAGUGAGUGCAUUUGUUUUAUGCCGCUCUCAACAGCACUUUCAGAAGAAAUUCCUUUCAUCGUUUAAGUUUAAGACCUUGCCAUUUUGGGGAACCCACAAUUGCGGCUAUGGUGCUGGAAUAUUAGAGCGAAUAUCGAAUAAGCACUAAGAAACGGCAGAGCGUGUCCAACUAACACAACUCCCAACAUGGUGAUUAGACUCCCCUGCCACAAAUGAUGAUCAAGGAACUGGGUGACGACCCAUGGUUCCUGCCAGUAUAACAGCAGGUAGGGCACCUUCGACGCUGACGCAAUGUGACGCAAAGUGACGGUCUUCAUAUGAUCCGAGUCAACACUUACGUCAUAUUAUAUGUGUAUUAAAAAUGAAUGUUAUAUUAUGCUGCCGUAUUCAGGUACUGUAAUAAAUGUAUAUGGAAGUG